AUUGGAUAAUUCAAUCGCUAGCUAAUAUUCUUGUAACUAAUAUAUUUAUUUAGGACCAUAUUUAUUUAGCCUAUGAUGCAUCCUGAAUUUGUUCACAUUUCCUCGGCACUGUGUGCUUCCCGGGAUAGGCUCCAUAUGAGCCUCCACUCAAUAGUUAUGGCAAAGGUCGGUAGAGUUCACGCUUUAAAAUUCGUACUUGAUCGCCCUUUGAAUUACGCGUUGCUGAUGCACAUUAAACUUCAUGGCUGGCUGUAGUCGAUAUGCAAACAUGAUAAGCCUACAUGGAUAUGAAGGGCCGCCCCCCUUUGUCCCCCAAAUUCGCCUCUCUCCUUAUAAAGUGGUUUCCGGUAGUUGUUCACUAAAAAGUCUUAUUUCAAGCGAUCCAUUCUUGGUACUUUUCCUAAAGCGUAACACAACUUAAGUUGUGUUUGAACGUGGGAUACGUGAUCUGAAACUCAUCUGCUUCUUAUUGAUACACGAUAAGUACUGAUUCAUAGCAAACACGGACAGGACCGCUGCAGUUAUGGAUGAUGGUAACGAAAGCCAAGCACUGAGGACAGUAAAGGUCACUGAACCAGUGUCGGAGAGCUCAGUCAACGGCGCCGGGUGCAGCAUCCUAAUGGUCAUCUUCUCCGCCCUGCUGACUAUAAUCACCCUGCCUGUUUCUGUAUGGAUGUGCGUCAAGAUUGUGAACGAGUACGAGCGUGCCAUCAUCUUCCGUCUGGGCCGGCUCGUUGGUGGCGGACCCAGAGGACCAGGUCUGUAUUUCAUCCUGCCCUGCAUUGAUAACUUCAUCAGAGUGGACCUACGCACUGUCAGCUUCGACAUCCCUCCUCAGGAGGUGUUGACGAAGGACUCGGUGACGGUGAGCGUAGACGGGGUGGUGUACUACCGGGUCAAGAACCCCUCCCAGGCAGUGGCUCAAGUCUCCAACUUUAAUGCUGCCACCCGCUUGCUGGCUCAGACCACCCUGCGCAAUGUCCUGGGCACCAAGAACCUGGCAGAGAUUCUGUCUGACCGGGAGGAGAUCACUCACAGCAUGCAGUCUGCCCUGGAUGAAGCCACAGACGCCUGGGGCAUCAAGGUAGAGCGGGUGGACAUCAAGAAAGUCGAGCUGCCCCUGCAGAUGCAGAGAGCCAUGGCAGCAGAGGCGGAGGCAACGCGGGAGGCACGGGCCAAGGUGAUCGCGGCGGAGGGGGAGAUGAACGCCUCCCGGGCUCUGAAGGAGGCCUCCCUGGUCAUCGCGGAGUCGCCCUCGGCGCUACAGCUACGUUACCUGCAGACGCUGAACACCAUCGCCGCCGAGAAUAACUCCACCAUCAUCUUCCCCCUGCCCCUCGAACUGAUGCAGGGUUUUAUUAAAAGUUAGGGCGGGAGCUUGUUUGUAAGGGUGGGGGUGGGGGUCCUUUCAAACUUCAUGAUUGCGAGGGUAGUCUUUAUAAAUGCCUGUUGGAAUAUUUGAAAAUGUGAAUAGGAUCUUAAUUUUCUAUUACCUUGACUUUGCUCCUGAUAACCGUUUCAGUCUCCCGCGAUUUAUUUAAAUCCCUCACAUGUGUC